GUCGCCGGGCGACGGAGUUAGCCGAAGACGUCGUCGCUGCCGUGUUAGCCAGCGGCGCGCCGACUCGCCCCGCUCGGUAGCGACGAAGUUCCGUCUUCCGGAAAGUUCCGUCAGCCUCCGGGAAACCCGGCAGACGGUCGCGUCGCUAACUAAGCUUAAAAAAACAAAAAAGUCAAGGUGUGUGUAUAUAAGUUGGUAAAUGACAGGUAAACUUGCCCGCGAGUUGUUCGUGCUAGCAAGCCGACGCUUCGUGAGCGAGCUAGGAAGGGGGGCCUAGUUAACACUAUGUGUGUAUGUCUUGGUGUUAGACUUAUAGGUGUUGGCUUUUACCAUAUCAAGGAGGCACAUGGCAGAGGAAGGCAAACUGACACUGAGGCGCCUGGAGGGACCAGUCUACAAGUUCAUUAAAGUGGCACUGCCCACAGACCUGGAAAGACUAGAGAAGCACCACAGUAACAUACUGAAGUUCCAGCGCUGCCAGCAAUGGGACCGCCUACAUCAGGAGCACAUCAAUGCCAGCAGAACUGUGCAGCAGCUGAGGGCAAACAUCAGAGAAAUGGAGCAGCUUUGCGGACGUGUCCGCGGCGAAGAUGCGCCCACCCUAGAGAAGCUCGUCAAGCCAAUCAGAGACCGGGCUUCGGAUGCUGCCCGAGACUUCCUCCUUUUGCACUCUAAUACCGUCCCUCAGCUGGCCCUGUCGCCCACCUCGCCGCCCUCCAGCUGUCUAUCCAGCAGUUGCCACGUCGAUGAUGAUGAUAAUGAUGAUGAUGAUGAGGUUAGCGAGUUGGCAUCUGUCAAUCAACUGCAGCUCCGCCUUCCCGAGAUCCCGGCUGAUGAGAGCGCCUGUGAGUCCUGGGACAUCCUAGAGGAGGACCUGAAGGAGCUGAGCGGUCUGGUGACAGAGUUCUCCCUGCUGGUCCAUUCCCAGCAGGAGAAGAUUGACAGCAUAGAGGACAACGUCAACACAGCAGCUGCCAACGUGGAGGAGGGGACCAAGAGCCUGGGGAGGGCGGCAGGCUACAAGUUGGCGGUGCUACCUGUGGCAGGGGCCCUGUUAGGCGGGGUGUUGGGCGGUCCCAUAGGUCUGCUGGCGGGGUUCAAGGCCGCGGGGUUAGCCGCCGCUGUAGGAGGAGGGGCUUUGGGUUUCGCGGGGGGCAACUUGGUCCGAAAGCACCGCAAGACUCAACUGGACCACCAGAUGAGACAGCUGACGGCUCCCCCGCCAGAGGCGACACCGGACGAGCCCCCGAGUCCAGCCACGAGAACGUGACCGGGCAUCUCGGUAGCUGGAAGCAGGAAAAGUGUGACCUCGGGUCGCCGGCCGGUCGCCGUGGCUCCUCCUGGCGGAGCCUCCUCGGUUGUGGGGGAACUUCCUGUGGCGUGGACCUCCUCCCUGCACUGACCUUCAGCUCCUCGUUCUUUUUAAUGAUGGACUGCGUCUCAAAGAUGUGUAGCGCGAGGCUGAAUUACCAAGUCAAGUGCCAGCAAAUGAAAUGUAGAUCUUUUCUCUUUUUUUGUGUGUUAAAGUCUUAUUUAGGACAUUGAUGCUGGCGUGUAUGAAAGGAAUAUGCCUCCUGUUGUGUAAUUAAUUGAUCUACCGUGCAUUACUAAUAUGUAAAGUUGCAGAGCUGUUUUGUGAAGAAGCACUACAAAUACUCGUCCUUAUCAGCCGAGUGAAAGAAAUGUUUUAGAUUGAAAUCAGUCGAUAUCUUCUUUUCCUUUCAGCCACUACGAGAAUGUGUUGCGGUUGUGUAUUGCCGUAGCAGUUAUGGACACGUGUUUUUGAUUGUUUUUAAGUAUUGCAAUAUUGAGGAGGGGGGCGGGUGUUCAUUCAUUCUGCAGGUUAUGAGGUGGCAGGCUGUCCCAAUAUGAACUGCAACCAACGGCACAUCUCUACUGCUGACACAUUCUUGGGACUAAUGUUUAUAAGAGGUGUUUUUUUUUAACCACUAAUGUAAUGCUGCUGCAGUUGCGUACAUUUAAUGUGCAAAAUAAUGCUAAAGGAGUCCUACACCAAGCUGGAUAGGGAUAUAUAAGGCUCGCAACCCAAACUGCAUAGUAAGCACCAAAGUGCCAGUGUCCUGGAUCACUCGAUGAAUUCGGGUGGUCUGGCACCAACACAGUGCAGGAACCUGCCACGUGUCGCUCGCCGUGUUGCUCUUUUGCCAAAUAAAGUCUUGCUUUUCAACCAUAUUCACGUCACUCUCUUGAGAAAACGACCACCGACAGCGUGAAAUCGGGUCGGGGUGAGGUUGGCAAACAUUCAAAUACAAAGG